AAUCUGAAUCGAGCGGCCAGGCGGCCGGCUGUUCUGGUGCUCCUGUCAUCCCCCCCACCCCAGUUCGGCGGCGCACACGGGCUUCCGCCACACCACCGCGAUGGUCACCCACCACCCCUCCCUGCUCCGGGCACCCUUCCCCACUGGCCUCCGCCAUCGGACCUCCCACGCUUUUCUUCUCACUGCGGCCGCUCACUCUCCUCCUCCGCCUCCCCUCCGCCUGCGGUCUCUGCGCGCCGCCGCUGGGGAGGCCUCACCGGUUGUUGACGAUGGAGGCAAACGCGCGACGCCUCCCUCACUGGGAGCCAAGGUGCUCGACUUCGCGCGGAGCAACUUCCUCCCACUGGCUCUAACUGGCGGGGUUGCUUUCGGUCUCCUGGAUCCUACCCUUGGGUGCCUUGCUCAUAAAUGUUCCCUGUCAAAAUAUAGCACUUUUGGGAUAUUCCUUAUCUCAGGACUGACUCUGCAUACCAAGGAGCUUGGUGCAGCAUUAGAAGCUUGGCCUGCUGGACUUUUUGGACUAGGCUCGAUUUUGCUGUUCACACCCUUUCUUGCACAGUUUAUUGUCCAAAUUCAGUUCUUCCCUCAUGAAUUUAUCACUGGGUUGGCUAUGUUUUGUUGCAUGCCGACAACAUUAUCAAGUGGAGUGACACUAACACAGCUUGUUGGCGGUAAUUCUGCACUUGCUCUUGCAAUGACAGUCCUAUCCAAUCUACUGGGCAUUAUGUUUGUACCUGUUUCUCUUGCAAAGUACAUUGGAGCUGGAGCUGGGGUGUCUUUGCCAAGUGAGAAACUGUUCAAAAGUCUGGUCAACACCCUUUUAAUCCCCCUUAUUUUAGGCAAGGUUGCCCGAGAAACCUCAAAAGAUAUUGCUGAAUUUGUUGAUGGAAAUCGGAAGAGCUUUUCAGUUAUAAGUGCUGUUCUCCUCAGCCUAGUUCCAUGGAUACAAGUAAGUAGAUCAAGAUCGCUGCUCUUGUCCAUUCAAGCAAAAGCUUUUGCUACUACAGUGACUAUUGGAGUGCUUCUACAUCUUGCUCUGUUAGCUUUCAAUGCUACAGCACUGCAGGUCUUGUCAUGUUUUAAACAGAAAGAAGAAUCGGUAUUUGCGAGAAAAGACUAUGCACGAGCUGUCAUUUUAGUGGCCAGUCAGAAAACAUUGCCUGUGUUGGUUGCUGUGGUUGAGCAGCUUGGAGGUGCUCUGGGGGAGUCUGGACUUCUGGUCAUCCCUUGUGUUGCUGCGCACAUUACCCAGAUUAUUAUUGAUACUAUCCUAGUAAAUUGGUGGCGCCAGAGAGAUCAACAAUGUGCUAUUGUAAAAUAACUUUGGAAUUCAAAUUUGAUGGUAAAAUAGAAAAGUAACAUUGGAAACUUGUCAGAAAGUCGAAUAGAGGCCUGAAAGCACAUUCAGCCAUCGGGAAGGAAGUAGUAUUGGGAUUAUCCUCUUCUUUUUUUUUUGCAGAAAAGCUUCCUUGAAUCAUAUCCUAGCUUGCUUGCCUUCCAUGAUGCAUAUAUCAUUUUUUGUGUGCUACCACCCAAUGUUUUCAGAUGGUAGAACAGCGAACAGGAAUAUAAUUUCAGGUUGUUGUUUAGAAAGUAUGGUAACUAAAUUGACCAAUCAGUAUGUUCAGUUGGAAAGCUGAUCUCGUGGAGAUGAUGACGCACUUCAUGAUAGUCGCGAUAAAUUGAUUUUACUAGCUGUCUGGCUCCUAUUUGCUCAUGCUGUUCAGGUGGCUUUCGCUGGUCCACACUACACAUUAACUCUUUUUUGGACUCCUUAAUUAGUCAUUCCUAGGCCCCUGUGUUCCUCUCUAGAUAAACCACAACACUAGAGGUAUGUGGAUCAUUGGUAGUUCCUUUCUCAGUAUUUUUUUUAUAUUCUGCGGGGGAGUUCAUUCCUCAGUAAUUAUAAUGUAUUUAGUGUCAAUUUCUUUUCAUUCCAGAGUGCAGACGAUCGGAUCAUCAGAGCAUGCAUCUGCCCUGUUUGUUUCAAAAAUGCAUCUGCCCUAUGUGUACUAGUAGCUAGCCUUCUAUUAUUGGCAUCACCAAGUGAAGCAGCACUUUUGCGUAGACAAGUUUGAAGUAUCUUGUUUCUGGGGCCGCCAGUAAGCCACCGAGCGACACGUAUGGCUAAAUCCGUUUCUUUUUCUUUGGCAAAAGAUGGAGGAGAUCUUGUUGGCCAGUUCUUUCUGGCAAGAUGCACAGUGUUUUGAUUGUUCACCAAGGUCCAGGGUACGACGAGCCCUGUGGACAUGAGUUGGAACUGGAGUUGUGCUGGGUGCAGUGGACAGGGACGGCCGGACGGGUCCGAGGGGCAAUCGCCGGGGAGCCGACAUCUAUGCUACGCUACUAUCCUGUUUCGGGAGCCCUGUUUGAGGUGAAAAAGCGCAGUGCAGGUGCAUUCCACUUGCAGGUGCACUUGGUACUAUGACACAUGGGCUUGUACAUGCACGAUCAUCCCUAUCAUCUAUGGCAUGUGCUGUUUGUGCAA